GCUUCUCGCUGGGCGCCCAUUGGCUGCUGGCGCCGGGGGGGCGUGUCCACGGGGGGCGCGGGGGCCAAUGGGCCGCGAGCCCCGUCGGUGUCAGGCGGGCGCUGCCGCGGCGCGGUGCGGGCGGAGGGCGCGCACCCACCAUGGUGGAAUUCCGGAUCCGGCUGUACCGCGAGGAUGACUACGAGGCAGUGCGCGAGGUCUUCGCCACUGGCAUGAGCGAGUACGUGCCAGCACUGUGCCUGCACGUGCUGCGGCAGCCCUGGGUACUGCUGGUGCUGGGCUGCACCUUCUGCCUGCUGCUGGCCAGUGCCCGCUCGCUGCUGCUGCCUGUGCUGGCCCUCACCCUGCUGCUGGCCCUGGCCCGGCACCUCCUGGGCUAUGCCUGGAGCACCUACAUCGACCGCUGCCUUGGGGACGACCUGCAGGACAUCGCGGCCACCUACGCCGAGAACGCCGGUGCCCAGUUCUGGGUGGCGGAGGCGGACGAGAGGGUGGUGGGUACGGUGGGCUUGCGGCCAGCCGACGGCACUGACGGGGAGGUGGUGCUAAAGAGGAUGUCGGUGAGGAAGGACUACCGUGGCCUGGGCAUUGCCACGGCACUGGGCCGCACUGCACUGGCCUUCGCGCGGCAGCGCGGCUGCCGGGCCGUGGUGCUCAACACGCUGAUGCUGCAGCACGAGGCUCGAGCCCUCUAUGAGCGCCUGGGCUUCCGCCAGCAGCGCCACUACGUCCUGCCCACCAUCUAUGGCCGCUUGGCCAACUGCACCAUCACCACCUACCGCUACGACCUGUCCAGCACGCCCUGAGCCCCACCGCGGCACUGGCACCAGCACAGCCAGGCGGACCCCCGAGGGGAGCUGUGCCCAGAGCCCUGCCACGCCAGCUGUGGUGCGGGACGCUGCUCUUGACCUGGCCUGUUGGCCAUGGCGUUGCAGCGGGGGUGCCGGGACCCCCACGGCUCAUGCCCUGCUGUGGAGCUGCUCCGGCGCUGCUUCUCAGGGAGCAUGGGGUGUGCUGGCACAGGGGGUAGAGACCCUUGUGCCACGCGCGGUGGGGGAGCGGCAGGGUGGCGGAGGUGCCGCACUGCUCACUACCAAGCCCUGCCUGGGGGGGUUUGCUGUGGUGAUGCCAUGCCUGGCCCCCAUGCCUCUGUGUCCCCUGGGGGCCCAUGGCUGCCUGAGGGGGACCCCCAGUUGCACCCCCCUCAGCAGUGCCCGCGGGUUGGGUGCUGUACCCAUGUGGGUGGAGAAAUAAAGGACCCACCGCAGU